AUGCUCGCCGCCGCCGCCCGCCGAUCUGCCGUCCAGGCCCUCCAAACUACCUCCCGCCGCAUGGCCAGCACAGCUGCUCAUCCACCAUCGAGUGUUCACACCAAGAUCAGUGCCGGAAUCGGUAGCCACGUCAAGGCAUCGAGUCCAAAUCUUUCCUUCUAUACCGCCAGAGUCGGCCGAACACUCACACUCGUUCUUCCUGGUGCUGCCUUCUUGGCCUGGCCAUGGAUUACCAGAGCUACCAGCUACUCUCCAAGAUUAUAA